AUGGCCUACAGGAUUACCGACCGCCUCCCCCUCCCUAACUCCAACGAGGGCAUCCCGCGCAUUGGAUUCGGUGUCUACCGCUCCCCAACACACCAAUGCGGCAAAUCAGUGCAAAAGGCACUUGAGGUGGGAUACCGACACAUCGACACAGCCCAGUUCUACGGAAAUGAGGCCGAGGUUGGAGAGGCUCUACGCUCCUCCAGCCUUUUCCGCGAGGAGGUGUUCGUGACAAGCAAGAUUCUUAGCCCCGCGGGGUCACCUGAGGCGACAUAUGAAAAGCUACUGGAGAGUGUAGAGAAGAUUGGUGGUCCGGGAGGAUAUGUCGAUUUGUUCUUGAUCCAUAGCUCCAAGUCUGGUUUUGCUGGUCGCAAGCACCUGUGGCAGGCUUUAGAGAAGUUGCAAGAGGAGGGUAAGACCAAGAGCAUUGGUGUGAGCAAUUUUGGUGUGCAACAAAUUGAAGAGAUGAAGUCUUAUGCCAAGGUGUGGCCGCCACAGGUCAAUCAGAUCGAGCUCCACCCUUGGUGCCAGCAGCGCACCAUCGAUGCAUACUGCCAGAAGAACGGCAUCAUUGUCGAGGCCUACUCGCCCAUUGUGCGAAACUAUAAAGCGAAUGACCCUGCGCUGGUCGAGGUGGCGCAGAAGUACAACAAGACAACUCAGCAGGUCUUGAUCCGGUAUGCGCUGCAGAAGCAAUGGGUUCCGCUACCCAAGACGGAUAACCCGGAUCGCAUCGCUGCGAAUGCCAACGUUUUCGAUUUCACUCUCCGCGCAGAGGACAUGGAGCUGUUGGAUUCGUUUGAUCAAGGGGACGCUGGAGCUAUCGUCGAGGCUGUGGUCAACGAAUGA